AUGAGCAGCAGUGAUUUGAAGAUUCGCAACGUUGAGAAGAGUGACAUCGAGCACCUCAAGACCGUCAUUGAUACGAGUGACCUUUUCCCAUCGGAAAUGCUGGAUGAGAUGAUCGCUGGCUAUUUCAAAGGAGAAGAAAGUUGUAUCUGGUUGACGGGAGACGAUUCUGAAAAGCCGAGAGCAGUGGCUUACUGUGCUCCUGAAAAGAUGACCGAAGGGACCUGGAAUCUGUAUUUGAUUGCCGUCCACGAUAGCUUGCAAGGUACGGGCAUUGGAACCAAGAUCAUUGAGCACUUGGAGGAGAAACUCGUUUCAGAGAAGGAAGCCAGGAUCUUGUUGGUGGAGACUUCGGGGUCUUCAGAGUUUGAAAAGACACGCAAGUUCUACGAGAAUCGCGGAUUUGUGGAAGAGGCCAGGAUUAGAGAAUACUAUCAGGCAGGAGAAGACAAGAUUGUCUUUUGGAAGAAACUCAACAAACCAGCUGAUACCACGACGAACGAAUCAAACUAA